AUGGCCAACACCGUGGUUGAAAUAUUCUCUCAGUUCUAUGAGAACUGGACUGGGAAGCUAGAGGAGAUUCUCCAGAAGCUUCUCCAGGUGUCCAACCAGAGAACCGAGGUGGUGAAGACCGAGCAAGAGCUCCAAGCUCUGGUGUCCACUGUGACAUCCCAUUUGAAGGAAUACUACACCACCAAAUGGGCUGCCGCACGUGCAGACGCUCUGAUUUUCUUUUCUCCGACGUGGCUGAACCCUUUGGAGAAUGCUCAGCUUUGGGUGACGGGGUGGAAGCCCUCCACGGUGUUCAGGCUGGUGGACAAUCUGAAGAAGGGGGACGUUUUGGUGAUGACGGAGGAUCAGGAGAAGAAGACGGAGGAGCUGAAGAAGAGGAUAAGGAUGGAGGAGGAGAAGGUGGAGAGGGAGAUGGAGAGGCAGCAGGUGGCCAUGGCGGACCGUAAGAUGGUGGAGUUGGCGAAGUUCACCAACCGUUUAAGGAGCGCUGGUGGUGCUGGUGGUGAUAAGGCGGAUGCGGUUGCGAAAGUGGCCGUGAGUGAGGUUAUUGGAGAGUUGGAGAGGAUCAUGAAGGCUUCGGAUUGCGUGAGGCUCAAGACACUCAAAGGGGUGUUGGAUUUGCUUACUCCAAUGCAGAGUGUGGACUUCUUGGCUGCAAAUAUAACUACGCAGCUGCGACUCAAACAGUGGGGGAAGAAGAAGAAGAAGGACGACAUGGCUGAGGCUGAUGAGACCGCAAUCAAUGUGAACCAGGACAAUGCUGGAGAGUGGCGUAGUUAUGGAUCCGUAGACAUCAGAGAGGAAUUCAAGGGAAAGUGUGAGAAGCGAAAUGGUUUGAACGGCGGUGCAAGGUGGUGUGUGAUUGAGGGGCCACGCCUCCGCAAACAUGAACAGUCAGAAACAUGA